CCCUCCCAUGGUGCGGACCAUAAAUACCCGGCCGGCGGCGGGGCGCAGGCGUGGGCAGUCGCGGGGAGUGGGCGGGGAGCGCAGCGCAGCGUAGCGUAACCGGCGCCCGGCGGGUUCCGUUAGGCGGGGGAGCGGUUACCCCGGCACCCGCUGGUUCGUUCUCCGCUCCUUCGUUGGCCGGUCGUUCCUUCGCUCGUCGUCCGUUCGUCGCUCAUUCGUUCGCCGCUUGUCGCCGACGAUGGAUUCUAAAAAGAAAAUCACAACACCUCUUGUGUAUGCUGUUUCCAUUGCUGCCAUUGGAUCUCUCCAGUUUGGAUACAACACUGGUGUCAUCAAUGCUCCUGAGAAGAUUAUCCAGGCGUUCUUUAACAGAACCUUGUCAGAACGGAGUGGGGAGGUUGUCUCCUCAGAGCUCCUCACAUCUCUGUGGUCCCUUUCUGUGGCCAUCUUCUCAGUAGGAGGUAUGAUCGGCUCCUUCUCAGUUAGCCUGUUCGUCAACAGAUUUGGCAGGAGGAACUCCAUGCUGCUGGUGAACAUCUUGGCCUUUGCUGGUGGCGUACUUAUGGCCUUGUCAAAGUUGGUAAAGGCAGUGGAGAUGCUGAUUGUUGGCCGCUUUAUUAUUGGCAUCUUCUGUGGUCUCAGCACGGGCUUUGUGCCCAUGUACAUCAGUGAGGUCUCCCCAACCAGCCUCCGAGGAGCCUUUGGCACCCUCAACCAGCUGGGCAUUGUUGUGGGCAUCCUGGUAGCCCAGAUCUUUGGCCUGGAGGCUAUCAUGGGGACUGAAACACUUUGGCCACUGCUUUUGGGGUUCACAGUCCUGCCAGCAGUUCUGCAGUGCGUGGGUCUUCUUUUCUGCCCUGAGAGCCCUCGCUUCCUCUUGAUCAACAAAGUGGAGGAAGAAAAAGCACAAGCAGUUCUCCAGAAGCUCCGUGGUACAGAAGAUGUGUCUCAAGACAUCCAGGAGAUGAAAGAAGAGAGUGCUAAAAUGUCCCAGGAAAAGAAAGUAACUGUGCCAGAGCUCUUCCGUUCUCCAAGCUACCGUCAAGCCAUUAUCAUUGCCAUCAUGCUGCAGCUCUCCCAGCAGCUCUCUGGCAUUAAUGCUGUAUUCUAUUACUCUACAGGGAUUUUUGAGAGAGCUGGUAUCACAAAGCCUGUGUAUGCCACCAUUGGAGCUGGUGUGGUAAACACAGUCUUCACUGUUGUGUCGCUCUUCCUGGUGGAGCGGGCAGGGCGCAGGACCCUCCACUUAGUUGGUCUGGGAGGCAUGGCUCUGUGUACUGUUCUUAUGACCAUCGCUUUAGCUCUGAGGGACAGUGUGGAGUGGAUCAAAUAUAUCAGCAUAAUUGCCACUUUUGGCUUUGUGGCGCUUUUUGAGAUUGGCCCUGGCCCUAUCCCCUGGUUCAUUGUGGCAGAACUCUUCAGCCAAGGCCCACGUCCUGCAGCCAUGGCAGUGGCUGGUUGUUCCAACUGGACUUCUAAUUUCUUGGUGGGAUUGCUCUUCCCCUAUGCAGAGAAACUACUUGGCUCCUAUGUCUUCCUCGUAUUCCUUGUUUUCCUGGUAAUCUUCUUUGUCUUCACAUUCUUCAAAGUGCCGGAGACCAAGGGCAGGACUUUUGAAGACAUCUCCAGGGGCUUUGAAGGACGAGGAGACGCCAGCUCCCCAUCACCUGUAGAGAAGGUGGAGCUGAACAGCAUAGAAGCUGAAAAAGUUGCCUAAGAUUCCUGACACACCCAUUCUUUGACUCUUACAUGUUUAGAGUCAUUAAAGGAAUGAGCAAAGAAAACAAUGAGAACUGGGACAUUUUUUUCUCCCCUCAGUUGCUGCUAUUUUCUUCUUUGCACCCCCAUAAUCCACUGGUUCUGCCCAUCUUACCAGCAGUAAGCAAAUCUGGUGUGGGUGAUCCAACCUUCAAAUAUUGGAAGGCACCUGGCACCAGCAAAAAUAAUCUGAUCUUCCCUGUCACAAACACGGGAACAGAGAAGAGCUGGCAUUAUUUUUGCUAUUUUGACCUGUAAUUGCUAUUUGAGGUUAACAUACUUCUGCACACAGUGACCAUUACAUAUUUGAAUCUAAUUACUAUUUUUGUAGUGAGUUGAAGUGAUCUGCUAAAAAAGUCUCUGGCCCUUUGAGUCUACUCUGCAUUAGCGUGCACAGUGUUACACUGGAUUUUAACAAGCCCACUAAAAAGCCAUCUCCUUGCUUUAUCCUAUCCAGUGUACACUUUUUUCAGCCUCAGGAAAAAGGGGACCAAGUUACAUGCAUAUUUUUUUCUGAUCUUUUAUUUUUUGUAUAGACAGACUGAAAGCAUACUUUUACUUAAGUUUUAUUUAUUUGUAUGUCACUUUGUAAAUAUUUAUUUUUUUAAUGGUGUACAAAAAUGUACAGAUAAUGAAAUUGAAGAUGUUUAAGAGAAAUAGCUAUUCUAACAAGAAAUGCUAUAGGUUUGAGCUGCAGUAAGACUUAAAAGAAGUGUGGUACUAAACAGGAGAUAGGGUAUUUUGGGUGGUAUGUAUAAUAGUACUGAUGGUGCACAUCCCCCUUAUAUAAACUUUAUUUGUGCCCUCUGGAUGGAAAUUUGGAGAGCUGGGUACUAGUGAGAAGCUGUAUGUCUGUCCACCAACAUUUUUUAUUUAGGAGGUUUUUGGUGGCAAUUGCUAAUAUUGUUGAUUGGAAGUGUGGUAUUGCAGCAAGUGGGUGUUUGUAUUUUCAGUCAUGGAUAAGCAUUGUAUGGGAUGGUUGAGGGUAGUGAUUGGAAUCCAGAAGGUUUCCUUGCCUUCUCUUAAUCUUUUAUCUUUUUGUCUGCUAUAUUCUUGUAGGUCAGAAAAUCUGAAAUUUGCAGUUACUUAAAAGGUGUGAGGAUAAUUUAUUUUUUAAAGCUGUAUUUUCUUAGCAAUUGUUCUUAUAAAUAUUAGGCAUUUGUUGUGCAAAUUCACAAAGACAGAGAUGAAGAACUAGGGAACAGAGCCAAUGGAACGUGGUAAUUUAGCUUAGCAGUGUGAAAGGUCUGUAGUGCUCAGUCUGCUGGUUGGUUGUGGGCCAAAUGUUUUUGUUUUAUGCUUCCUCUCUGGAAGAUCUACAUGGUGGUGCUGUGUGGAUGUGUAAUAGUGCCUCUAUUAAAAGGAUAUGGCAGACAGUAUUUGUACAUCAGUAAGUAUUGGUCUCCCUGCUUGUUAUACUGCCAGACAAUAGAGUAUGUGUACAACUACCCUUCCUGCCAGCUAGCACCAUUCAGGAAGGUAAAAGGUAGCACAUGAUUAUACUUAUAAUCAAGGAGCUUUGCUUCACUGACUGCAGUGCUCUGUCAAGAGACCCUCCAGGCCUGUGUCUAUCCAGACCUGCACAAGCUAUCUAAAGGUAGCACCAGAGGUAGGUCCAAUUUAAACUGCUGCUCAAAAGUUAUCUGCAUUUUUGGACUUGACUGAACUCGGGUCUAUCUGCAAACUUGUGCUGGAGUUCAUCACUGCAUGUUCUAGAAGACAGGCAGGCCCACAGAUUCCAAGGUGGGUAAAAGGAAGAAGGGUUCAGAAAGACAAAAUGACAGUGAAAUUGUCAUAAUGUGGAUAGCCCAAGCUUUUCUGACAACACACUGCGUCAGGGCAGGUCAGAAGUUCCUAUCUGUGUAUAUUAUGGGUGCAUUUUCAAUAACUAGACUGACUUCUACCUUCACUAAUGAGAUACAGUUGCUGUGAAAUACUUCCUCUGACUUCAGAUGAAACACUCCAGCUUUGCACGAUGCAAUUUUAUUAUAUCCAGUUUUUAUCUAGCUUUCUAUUAGGCUUCCAUGCUGGAUAUUCUCAGAAGUAUUAUUUAGGACUACUUCCUCAACUUUCAUAUUUUGGCUCAGUUAUACAGAUUUUGUGCCCUUCCUUUGGCCCUCCAGCACUUCCAGACAAUUUCUAUAUGGGCAUCUAUAUGUUAGGAGAUUUCCCCCUACAGCUGUGCAGAAGAGCAUUCCAUACUUUGCAUCAGAAAUUGUGCUGGCCUUGGACUGAAAUGUGUGGAUCUUUUUCACAUGGUAUUUCCUUGUUGGUUUCUUUUUUCCUGUAACAGCAUUGUGAAUAUUUUGGAUGGGUUUUUUAUGCUUAUUAAUGUGGAUGUUUCAUGUUUUUUUAAAUAAACUAUAGAGCUAUA